AGUCGUUGCCCAUUGGCGUUGUUUUCCCUCAAGUUUCCCAACCCUAAACCACUUACUUUUAAUUGGGGAUGGCGAUGUUGGAAGACGUUGUUCAAUCGGUGGAGAUGUGGUUGAAGCUGAGAAGCAAACCGCAACCCUACAUUGAACCGGAUCUCGACCCGGUUUUAUUAGUCCCGGGUAUUGCCGGCUCGAUUUUGCAAGCUGUUGAUCAUCAGAAUGGGAUUGAAGAGCGGGUUUGGGUUCGCCUUCUGGAGGCCGAUUAUAAGUUCCGUACCGAGCUCUGGUCCCGCUUCGAUCCUGCUACCGGUAGAACCGUGUCCUUAGAUCUAGACACAAGUAUUAAAGUUCCUGAAGAAAGAUAUGGAUUGUACGCCAUUGAUGUGUUGGAUCCUAACAUGAUAAUCGGACGUGAGUGUGUUUACUAUUUCCAUGAUAUGAUUGUUGAAAUGACAAAGUGGGGAUUUCAAGAAGGGAAAACUCUUUUUGGUUUCGGUUAUGAUUUUCGCCAAAGUAACAGGUUGCAAGACACAUUGGAUCGCCUCGCAUCCAAACUGGAGAUGGUGUAUAAAGCAUCAGGAGGGAAAAAGAUUAAUAUCAUAAGUCAUUCUAUGGGAGGACUUCUGGUAAAAUGUUUCAUGGGCCUUCACAGUGACGUUUUCGAGAAAUAUGUAAAGAACUGGAUUGCAAUUGCUGCACCAUUCCGGGGUGCACCUGGGUAUAUUGCUUCCACUUUUCUAAAUGGAGUGUCAUUUGUUGAAGGGUGGGAACAGAACUUUUUCAUUUCAAAGUGGAGCAUGCAUCAAUUAUUGAUUGAGUGCCCAUCGAUAUAUGAGUUAAUGGCUUGUCCAAAUUUCCAUUGGCAACAUAUGCCGCUUCUUGAGAUCUGGAGGGAGAAAGAAGGUUGUGAUGGAUCUCCUCGUACUAUUCUAGAGUCUUAUCACCCUGGAGAAAGCAUUGAUAUCUUUAAGGAAGCUCUUUCAGGCAACACGGUCGAUUAUGGUGGAGAGAAUCUUCCACUUCCAUUUAAUUUGGAGAUCUUGGAAUGGGCUAGACACACACACAAGGUGUUGGCUCAAGCUAAGCUUCCCCCUGGAAUUAAAUUCUACAAUAUAUAUGGGAUCAAUCUUGAGACACCACAUAGCGUCAGCUAUGGAAGCGAAGAGACACCCAUCACAGAUCUACAGGAUCUUCGGUUUUAUCAGCCUACAUAUGUAUGUGUUGAUGGCGAUGGAACGGUUCCGUCAGAAUCGGCUAAGGCAGAUGGGCUCGAUGCUGAAGCGAGGGUUGGAGUCUCCGGUGAGCACCGAGGAAUUCUUUGUGAACCUCAUCUAUUUCGAAUUCUCAAGCACUGGUUGAAGGCAGGCAAUCCCGACCCAUUCUACAACCCAGUAAACGACUACGUGAUAUUACCGACAGCAUUUGAAAUGGAAAGCCUCUGUGAGAAGGGCUUACAAGUGACAUCACUCAAAGAGGAAUGGGAAAUCGUCUCCGAAGAUCAAGACAGUCUUGACAAUACAGCUAGUAAAGACCCACUUGUUAACUCCAUAUCUGUUUCAAAACGGGGAAAGAAGCAACCCACAAGAUCCGAAGUUGAUGCAACAGCCAUCGUUCAUCCACAAAACGAGGGUAAGCAACACAUUAAGCUAAAUGCCAUAAGUGUAUCUGUUGAUGCCUAGAGUUGAAUUGUGUAACUUGAUGACUUCUGCAAGUUCAAAUCAUUUCAAAUUACUUGUUCCGUUCA